AUGGCUGUCCCGCUUUCUACCCUCACCUUCCUCUGCCUCUCGCUCAACCUCACGGUCUGCCACGUCUACAAGGCCUCGCUGGCCUCGUGUACAGCCAGUGACACGUCAGCCACGCACACCUGUCCCUAUCCCCCAUGGACGGCUGUAGUAAGCGUCACGUGGCCGCGGAGCGGAGACAGCGCCGCCGCGUGCAGCCAGAGGCUGCUGGUCCGCGCAGCUUCCGCAAUCUCCGCCACCGCGCGCGACAUUGCGCGGGAAAGGGGGGAUUGCAGGUGCGCGCGCGACAUUGCGCGGGAAGGGGGAAGUAGAAGGUGCGGAUGUGACACACUAGCGCGCGCAGAGGGCGUUGGCAUGAGGGAUCAUGCUUCUGAGUUGCUUCUGAGAAGGCUAGGACAACCCUGCCGCAUUGGGAAUGCCGUGGGCGCAGCCAGGGUUUCUAAGACGCCCGCGUUUCGCGCGUCUUCCCCUCCAACAACCCCCUUUUUUGCCCCUUUCUUAACUCUCGAAACACACCCUCAAACCCCACUCCAUUCCCCCCUCCCCCCCGCCUCACUCCCCCCUUCUUCCCGCCACUUCCGCUCCUCCGUGUCCAACCCGCUGUCCCGCUCACCCUGUGCCUCUCUCCGCCUGCUGCCUCCCCCCAGCCUCUCCGUGCAGGGGGGAGGGGAGGGGGGAGCGGAGAGCGCGGAGGGGAAAGUGCUUUGGGGAGGGGAGGCAGCUGAGGAGAUAUGUGUUAUUGUAUCGAGGGGUGAAAGAGGGAGAGGGCGGAGGGGUGGUGAGGGAAGGAGGGGGCGAUGGGAAAGUGAUGAAGCUUGGAGGGAGAAAGCAGCAGAGGGGAUGGGUGAGGGUGUGGGUGGGGGAAGAGAAGUAGAGAAGACCGAACAGAGCACUUUGGACCUUUCAAGGCGAGAGAUAGGGGAGGAACGGAGGAAAGAGAGAGUGGAGGAGCGUGUGAGAGUGAAAGGGAAGGGAGGGAAGGAGAAGAAGGCAGGGAAAAAAGGUAAGGAGAAGAAGGAAGAGAAGAGAGGGAAGGAGACGGAAGGGAAGGAGAAGAAGGAAGAAAAGAAGAAGAAGAAACGGAGUGAAGAGAAGGAGAAGAAGGAAAGGAAAAGAGGGAAGGAAUUAAAGGAAGGGAGUGGAGGGAAGGAGAAGAGAGAGAAGGAAGAAACAGUAGGGAAGGAAGGGAAGGGAAGGAAGGAAGGGGAGGAAAGGAAGGGAGGGAAGGAAGGGAAGGAGAAGAAAAGAGGGAAAGAAGGAAUUCCAACGCAAGGAAGGUCAAGAGGCAGCAGCGAGGCAGCACCUUCUGACGAUGACCCUCAUGCUCUCAUAGAGCUGGGUGAGUCUCAAAUGGCGUCCAAUCAGAUCCGAGCGGCACUCGACUCGUUCAGCCGAGCUGUUGCUAUGAUACCAAACGAUGUGGAGGCGUGGCGGCUGCAGGGGUGGGGGCACAAGGAGGCUGGCAACAGGCGCGAGGCAGAGGCGAGCUUCAGUAGGAGCGUUCAGCUGAAUGAGAGCUUCCUGCCUGCACUGAUCAUGUGGGUGGAGCUGAGGCACGUGGCAGGCGACCACAGGGGCGCGUUGAAGCUGCUGGAGACGGCACUGCGGCACCACCCGGCAAGCGUGCAGCUCAGAUACUUUGAGGCCUCCUGCCACCACGCUGUGGGGAACUUCGUUCAAAGCGUAAGCCCUGCUUACACCUCCAAGCCUGUUGGUACCAUUCGUGUGGAGCCUUUCCCUUUGCACUUUUCCCCUCUUUACGUGCCAUGUCCUCUUGUUCAUCCUUGCCUCUCCUUCCCCCUGCUGUCUCGUCUUCCCUCUGCUGCCUCUCCUCCCCCCUGCUGUCUCGUCUUCCCUCUGCUGCCUCUCCUCCCCCCUGCUGUCUUGUCUUCCCUCUGCUGCCUCUCCUUCCCCCUGCUGUCUUGUCUUCCCUCUGCUGCCUCUCCUCCCCCCUGCUGCCUCUCCUUGCCUCUUCCUUUCAUAUCUCAACAGAGGGAGGUGGCGACGCACAUGGCAAUGGUCAUCAACGACCCCUUUCCUGCCUUCAGCAUCAACGACCGUUUCAGCAGCGUCUUCAAGUGCUGCUUCCAACCAUCAAAGAAGCGUCCUUCUCCUUCCUCCCCCUCUCUCCCUUCUUCUCUCCCUUCUUCUCUCCCUUCUCUCUGUUGGCAGGAGGGCUGGGCGCGUGCAUUCCACCCAGCAGAAGUGAUGCAGAGAGGCUAUGCCAUGCUCGCCGACUCACACGCCCUCCUCUCCUCCCUGCAGCGCCGCCAGCUUCUUCUCGUGCAGCGAGCUGAGGAGGAGGGGCGAGAAGAGGAUGAGAUGAAGCAGAAAGGGAGGAGGGCAGAGAGGAAAGGGAGGAGGGCAGAGAGGAAAGGGGUCGGAGCAGGGGUUUCCUUGGCUGAUAGGAAGAGGGAGCUGCUGACGUGGGCGGAUUCGAUUGGCCGGCGCGUGCAUUACAAUGUAACGGGGUUUGUGGGCAACCCGAGGCAGCAGCGGGCGGCAGGGCUGGCAGCAGUUGAAAUCAUGCAGAGAGUUAGAAGGGCGUGGGGGGAGUGGAUGGGGGGGGGGCGGGUGGAGAGGGGGAGCAGCGCGGAGGAGGUGGAGGAGGGGGUGGGGGUGGGGUGGAGGGACGUGUACGGCAUGGGAGUGAGAUGGCGCCAGAUUGCCGAACCCAUCGACCCCAUCUUGUGGAUCGACGGACUAACGAGGGAGUCAUUUGAGAGUGGCUUUGGGUCCACCACGCCCAUGGUCUCUGGCCCCGCCCACAACAUCCGAUACGCCAUGCACGCUCCCAGAGCGCUUGAGAUGGUGAAGGCCAUCAUUGGGGAGCAAGGCAAGGUGUACCGAGGGGGGUACGAGGAGAUCGUUCUUUCCCAGCAUGCCCUGCAGCAGGUGGCAGCAGCCUCGGACCACACCCAUCUAUGGCACGCAGUGCAACAGCCAUUCUUUGUCUUCACUCCUUGCCACAGCACUGCCUCCCCCAACAAGACACUCAACGGCACUCGUCUCGCCCUCUUGACCAGGCCAUACGGAGUGGAGUUUCUGAUCGAAACGGUGCUCACGCCCCAUAGGUGGAGCGAGUUUGAUGCUGAGAUGGCGGCUUCCUGGAAGGCCGUCUGCCUGGCAGUGGCGAACACACCUCUCCGCGAGUCUGACCUUCCCGCCUACCGCAAGGCCGUGCAGGACAGCAUUCUCAGAAUGGCCUACUACUGGUGCAACGUCAUCCCUUGGCACAUGGCACGGCCAUGGCAUGACACUUCCCCUGUCCCCAUAUCCCUCCCCGGUGUCUCUCCAACAUCUCUCCUCCCCUUCCAAUGUCUCUCCUCCCCUUCCACUGUCUCUCCUCCCCUUCCAAUGUACAACUUCAUGCCAUUGGCACGCGGCACGGCCAUGACAGGCCAUGUCAUCACGCUCGGCCUGCUCCUCGCCAUCGACCUCCACGCCUCCCAGCCCAUCCCCCCUGCCGUCCAGGUGCACCCUGCUUUCUUCACCCACCUUCACCUCUUUGGCACCAUUGUUCCAAAUCCAUUCUCUUCCCCUCAUCCCACAUCUCAAGCCCUGCUUUCUUCACCCACCUUCACCUCUCUUCCCCAUUCUUCAUCUCUUUCAACCACUCUGUUCCGCAUGCAGGUGGACUGGGAGUCCAUCCUGUGCCCCUCAGCCGCCCUCUUCCUCCGCUCUGUCUCCUCCUGGCUCUACCCGUCUCUCAUCCACGUGCCUCGCCUGAAGGAGCUUCUGAGCGUGGAGGACGCGUUCCCCUCCCUGGGAGACGUGGUGGAUGUGCUCAGUGCGGCGGUGGGGGAGGGAGGCGAAGACGGGGGAAUGAAGAGGGGAGAGGAGGGGGGAGUGGAGGGUGGAGAGGAGGAAAGGCAAGCAACCACAGGUGGAGACGUGCGGCCUGGAGGGACCUUAGAAGGAAAGGGAUUGACGACAGGAGGCGAGUCUGGUGAGAGUUCAAGCAGUGUGGGUACGAAGAUGGUGGGGAACCUUGAGACGAGAUCGGGUGUGGCUGGGGGAUAUAAGGUUGAGGGUGGGGAGGGGAGAGAAUCUAAGGAGAGGGAAGAGAGUAGGAGCGGACGGAGAGGGGGACGGAGGGCACAGAGGGAGAAGGAGAGAAGGGAGAGGGAAGAGCGGUUGCGGGAGGAGGAGAGAGCAAGGGAGGAAGGAGCAAGCGAAGGGAAAGGGGAGGAGCAAGUGAGUGAGAAAGGACGAAGCGAAGUCAGAAAGGAAGGGAAAGAGAGGACGCGGGAGCUGGAGGAAGAGGUUGAGAGUGAGGGAGGUGGGAUAGGAGGCAAAGGGAGAGGGUUGGCAGGCGGUAAUAGGGAGAGGGGAGGGGAGGCAGACGAGGACGAUAGGGCAGGAGACCGAGGUGGUGAGACAGCAGACCGAGGUGGUGAGACAGCAGUGGAGGAAGGGAUGGAGAAGAGGGGGAGGAGAGGGAGGGGGCGGAGAGAGGAGAGGAGAUUGAGGAGGGAGAAAGGGGAGGAACGAGAGGAAGAGGGGGGUGGUGUGGAGGAGCAUGAGAACAAGGCAAAGGGCAAGGGGGACGUAAAGGUAAUCACUGCGGGCACAUCUGCUGUCAAAGACAUUGAGAAGGACGUGGAGAGGGAGAAGGAGAAGGAGAAGGAGAAGGAGAAGAAGGAGAAGGAACACAAGAGAGAGAAGAUGGUAAAGGAGAAGGGAGAACAAGAGAUGGCGGCAGCUGCAGAGUCCAGGCGGUAUUCAGCCAAGGGGAGAGCUGGUGCCCGUCCAAAGAAGCGGUGGGGCAGCGACGUGACUCUCGAAGCAGCAGUGGGGCUGGUGAGUGGCAGUGGGGGGCUGGAGGAGCAGGGAGAGGAGGAGUCGGCAGGGCUGCUGGCGUGGAGGGGGGCGGCCAACUCCCUCACAGGCCGCCACACGCAGGCCAUCACUGACCUCACCAAGGCCCUCCGAAUCAUUCCAUCGGAUCUACCCAUUUACCAGAGCCUGCUGCAGCACCGAGCCGUCUCGCACCUCAAGCUGCAGCGAUUCUCAGAGGCCAUAGCGGACUGGACUACCAUGAUUGAUGCCGACCCCAGCAAUUUUGCUGCCAUUCGUGAGAGAGGCAUGGCUCGUGUAAACCGCAGGGCUUUCAAGGACGCCAUUCCGGACCUCACCACCGCACUGCACCACUCUCCACACGAGCACACCCUCCGCCUCUUCCUGGUCAACGCACUAGUACCCACGUGGGACGGCGGUCAGAGGGAGCAUUUGAGGCAUGGGCAACGCCUUGUACCACAUGGGGCGGUGAUCAGAGGCAGCAGCAACGCUGCAGGAGGUGGUGCGAGUGGAGGCACAACAGGGGGAGGCGUGGUGCGAGUGGAGGCACAACAGGGGGAGGCGUGGUGCGAGUGGAGGCACAACAGGGGGAGGCGUGGUGCGAGUGGAGGCACAAGAGGGGGAGGCGUGGGCAACGCCUUGUACCACAUGGGGCGACGGUCAGAGUCAGCGGCAGCGCUGCAAGUGGUGGACAACGCCUUAUACCGCAUGGGGCGAUGGUCCGAAGCAGCAGCAGCGCUGCAGGUGGUGGGCAACGCCUUAUACCACAUGGGGCGGCGGUCAGAGGCAGCAGCAGCGCUGCAGGCCGUGGUGCGUGCAGAGCCGCAGCGGGGGGAGGCGUGGCGCGUGCUCGGGGACGUGCGGAGGGACAUGGGGGAGGUGGGGGAGGCGGAGAGGUGCUAUGGGCAUGCGCUGAAGGCGUUUCCCAGUGAUAUGCCCACGCUGCACUCCUGGGUGAAGCUGCUGCAAUCAACCGGCAGACACAGGGAGGUGAUCACUCUACUCUCAAAGUACAUCCCCUACCACCCCACUAACGUGGAGCUGCGCUAUUGGUUGGCAUCAUCGCACCACUCCUUGGCUGACUUUCCCAAGGCUGUUGACGCGUACAAUCACGUGCUUAAGAUGCAGCCACGUGACUACAGCGACCGUCAGAGCCAUGACAUGGCAUUCUACCAGAGGGAGGUGGCAAUCUACAUGGCAGCAUGCAUGGAGCAACCUUUGGACCAGUUCAGCAUCGACAACCACUUCCUUCCUCUCUUCAAGGAGAGCUGGACAUACCGCUAUCCACCACAUGCCCUGCUGCAGGCAGGAUACGAGCCCAAGGCUCUGCCGCCUCUGGAUGCUCGGGGGGGCAACGGCAGCACCUGCAGUGGGGAGGGCGAGGGAACAAGGCUGGGUGCUGCCCACGUGGAGGCUGUUGAUUGGGCGGACAGGCUGGGCAGUCUGAUUCAGUACCACUGCGCUGGCUUCCUCAAUAACAGGCGCCAGCAAAGGGCGGCGGGGCUAGCCAUGCUGGCGAUCAUGCACGCACUCAGGCACGAGUGGGCCCGCCUCCUCGCCUCAACGUCUCGCCCAGCCAGUGCCAGCAGAGGUGCUGACGUGGCGCUGACGUGGCGUGACGUGUACUCCAUGGCUGCCACGUGGCGGCAGAUAGCGGAACCAACGGAUAAAGUGAUGUGGUCGGAUCGAUACACGGAGAGUGGGUUCAACAAGGGGGUCAUCUCCAGCACCCCCAUCUCAUACGGCCAAUCACUCAACUUCAAAUACGGCGCGUACGCCGACAGGGCGUUUGGGAUUCUGAAGCAGCUGCUGCUGGAGCGGGGAGUGGUGAAGGCGCAGGAUGGGCUGGUGGAGAUUCCUGUCUCCAAGGCCGUGCUCAGAAAGGCUCGCAAGGCCAGCACGCACACGCAGCUAGUCGCGGCAGUCGGUCAACCCUCCUUCUACACGCCGCUGCUCAUCCCCAGCUCCGCACAGCCCGGGAAGCUUAUUGAAGGCACACGAAUAUCAGUAUUUCCCAAUCCUGACUCGCCCGAGCCCGAGCUAGCAAUCGAGCUCAUGCUCAAGCCGGAGCGGUGGAGGGAGUAUGAGAGUGAGAUGGACGCCGCAUGGCAGGCCAUCCGCCUGGCAGUGGCAAACACGCCUCUCCGUGACUCUGACUUCCCGGCCUACGGCAAGGCAGUUCAGGACAGCAUUCUCAGAAUGGCUUACUACUGGUACAACUUCCAGCCCUUGUCACGGGGCACGUCAGGCACGGGUUACGUGGUAACGCUCGCUCUGCUGCUGUCCAUGGACCUGCAAGUCACCACCGCCAUCCCUCCGGGCGUGCAGGUUGACUGGGAGGCACUCCUCUCACCAACUCCCGCAGACUUCACAGCUGCCAUCUCAGAGUGGCUGUACCCGUCGCUCGUGUAUACUCCAGAGUUGGGGCAGAUCCCACAGAUCAGUGACACGUUUCCAUGCCUUCUUGAGGUUUUCCUUGCUCUAGAGUAG